UUCCCCCACCCCCGCGGUAGCCAGCACUGGAAAGAGAAGUGGAGGUGGGAGGGAGCGAUGAUGCAAAACUCACUUAAAAAUUGGGACGAGGAAAGGAAGCUACAGUUACGAAGGAGAACCACUUGCAAAAGUUGCCGCAGAGAAGUUGGGAGGCCCAGCAGGUGCCCCAUCCCGCCGGCGAGGAGGAAGCGCCCGGGCCGCAGGACUUUUCCAAACUUGGCAGAUUUUGGAAAAUGCCGGACAACAGCAUGGGGUUCAUCUUCCCAACACUGAUUCUGUUCCUAGUUGCCGUGACCCUUUUCUCAUUCCUCCAGUGGAAGAACGUGCGCGGACCCCCGUGCGUCAGGGGCUGGAUCCCUUGGCUUGGAGCCAGCUUGGAGUUUGGGAGAGCCCCUCUAGAAUUCAUAGAGCAGGCGAGAAUCAAGUAUGGACCAAUAUUUACAGUCUUUGCUAUGGGAAAUCGAAUGACUUUUGUUACUGAAGAAGAAGGGAUUGAUGUGUUUUUUAAAUCCAAGAAAUUAAAUUUUGAACUAGCAGUACAAAAUCCUAUCUAUCAUACAGCAUCAAUUCCAAAGAAUAUAUUUUUAACACUGCAUGAAAAACUCUAUAUUAUGUUGAAAGGGAAAUUGGGGACUUUGAACCUUUAUCAAUUCACUGGGCAACUGACUGAAGAAUUGCAUGAACAACUGGAGAGUUUAGGCACUCAUGGGACAAUGGACCUGGACAACUUAAUAAGGCAUCUCCUUUAUCCAGUCACAGUGAAUGUGCUCUUUAAUAAAGGUUUAUUUCUCACAAACAAGAGGAAAAUCAAGGAGUUCCAUCAUCAUUUUCAAGUUUUUGAUGAAGGUUUUGAAUAUGGAUCCCAGGUGCCGGAAUGUCUCCUAAGAAACUGGUCAAAAUCCAAAAAGUGGCUCCUCACGCUGUUUGAGAAAAACAUUUCAGAUAUAAAAGCAUACAAAUCUGCCAAAGAUAACUCUUUGACAGUAAUGCAGGCUGUGCUGGAUAUUGUAGAGACGGAAACCAGUGAACAAAGUUCCAAGUAUGGGCUCCUAAUGCUUUGGGCUUCUCUGUCUAACGCUGCUCCUAUUGCAUUUUGGACACUUGGAUUUAUCCUUUCCCAUCCUGAUAUCCACAAGAACAUUAUGCAAAGCAUAUCAUCUGUGUUUGGCACAACAGGUAAAGAUAAGAUUAAGCUGUCUGAGGAUGAAUUGAAGAAACUCCUUCUAAUUAAAUGGUGUAUUUUGGAAGCCAUUCGCUUAAGAGCCCCUGGUAUCAUUUCUAGAAAAGUGAUGAAGCCAGUUAAAAUUUUGAAUCACAUGGUUCCUGCUGGUGACUUGCUGAUGCUGUCUCCAUUUUGGCAACAUAGAAAUCCGAAGUAUUUUCCUGAGCCUGAAUUGUUCAAACCCGAACGCUGGAAAAAGGCAAAUUUAGAGAAGCAUGCUUUCUUGGACUGCUUCAUGGCAUUUGGAAGCGGGAAGUUCCAGUGUCCUGGAAGAGUUUUCUGCAUUUGGUGGGGGUCCCUCAGCCAGAUGGGCAAUGCCGAAUUGAAUAUAAACAAAGAAUAUGACACCUGCUGGGCCACCAAAGGGGUAGAGCCUUCUGGAGAAGUGAUGCCACCCUGUCCCCUUCCCUGGCAGCACCUGGACCUAAGAUCUGUUACAAUACACUGCUUUGCUUUAUGCAAGAAAUAUGCAAUUGUGUAUGUUUUUGGUAUCCUCAAGAACAGGAAUCUGACAUCACUCGUGACUGUGUGGUUUAUCAAAAGUGUUGAAAUGAUAAAAAAUUGGAAUUUGAUUUCAUGCAUAACUGUAUUAAAACUUUAAAUAGAAAUAUUGUCAUUUGAAUAGAAAUCUUAGUACAGUAAACUCAAUGAGGGAGCAACAUACUUAGAGAAUAUUAGAUAAUAAUUAAAGGGGUUUUCUAUUUUCCUAAAUGUGAUUGCUAAGUAACGAUUGGAAUUCUUAAGCUCUAUUCAUAUAAUUCUUUAUUAUAAACAUAUCUAAUGCUGAAAGUGUGAAUAAGAUGAUAGUUUUCUAAGACAUGUGAGGUCAGGGAUUCUACACUGUACUAUGCCUAGGACAGCACUUCUCUAUAAGGAAUAUUCAGUAAAUGGGUGUUGAUUGGUGUAUUGAUUUAUAUUUUAAUUAAGGUGGAAGCACUGUUUGACUCAAGAUGCUUACAAUUAUACUUUGACAUAAAUACUAGGCUUGCUGGAUGUAGAAACACAAAUAUGAUGUUGUGCCAAAGCAAACAACUGCAUUUGAAUCUGUUCUUCCUUGUAACUGUGAAAUAUUUACCAUAAAAUCCUGCAAAGAAAUCCUAUCAUGCUCAGGAGAAACAUAUGACACUGUUCACAGUGAUGAACAUUAAACAGUGAUGUCGUGAUUUAUCUCUCAGUAGUCAAUAAAAUGCUGCCUGCCUCUUGUAUUUCACAGUAAGUUUGAUAGUGCAUGCUGUCUUCUGGGGCUUAUUUGCUUCCCUGCUAGAAUUAUCCCCUGGGGUUGAUAAUGAUUGCUUAGUCAUCUAUUUCCUACCAACAAGCACAUGACUCCCUAGGAGAAAAUAAAGUA